ACUCAAAUAAAAAACCAAAAUAUUAUGCUAACUUCUACUCUGUAAUCUGUGGCUAACUUGAACUUGUUGAUUCACUGAUGUGGGAAUAAUGUAUUUAUUUAAUUCAUUGAGAAAUUGUUACACAAAUGGGAGAAUUCCUCUUUCGUUGUCAUAUUUCAGAUCAGAUUUAACCUUAAGAGCUCUCUGUAGUCAACAUGUAGAAUCCGAACAAAAACCACCUAGAAAGAAAACCAUACCUAUUCCUAAAAUAACAUUGAUAUCGGAUUCAAUGGUGAGCAUUACUACUCUUGAGGAAGCAAAGAAACUUUCGAAACGUAGGGACUUGAAAUUGGUUAAGAUUGUUGAUAUGGACGUUAAAACCCAGAGACCCACAUACAAAUUGAUGACAGGUACUGAGUACCAUGAGGAGGAACUGAAGCAGAGGGAAGCUCGAAAAAAACAGAAAAAUAACAGUUUUAUAAAAGGGGAAAAACUGUUGUUUUUGAAAGAUAGCAUUAAUGAUCACGAUUUAGAAAUACAUUGCAAGAAAAUAUUGAAAUGGAUAGCAAAAUCCCUACAAGUUAAUGUUGUAAUAAAUGGUACUUCCAGCAAUGAUAAACUUGAAAAAAUAUACAGUUUCAUAGAACAACAAAUUGGCAAUGAAGGUAGAUUAUUGCAGAAAACAUUGAAGGGUACAGAUUUAAAAUUCCAUAUCAUACCUCCUAAGAAGGAAAAGAAAGAUGAAUUGUGACUAGAGAAACCCUUUAUAUUUAUUUGGUCAAUAUUGUUUAUUUUCAUCCUCAUCAAAUAUACUGUUUAUUACGUAUUAGUGUGCAGAUGACCUACAUUAUAUUGUCAAGCUAGUCUACCAUGUUUAUAUCUGUUGAUUAUGGAUUUCUUUUGUAUAAAAUUAAAUAGUUAUUGAUUUAUAAA